AUGCCAGCGUCGUACAUGUGAUGUCAGGAUGUUGCAUUGUGCACGCAUCAUUGGGCCGAGUGCACAUCCCAGCAUUGCAUGGGUGAUGUCACACAUGCAUGACACAUGUGUGAUGUCACACACACGAGUGAUGCUGCCCAAUCUGGGGCACAACUUGAUGCCUCUGCCACUGUGAGAACAGGAUGCUGAAGUAGAUGGUCCCUGGCCUGAUCAAUCAGGGCUGUUAUUACAUUCUUACGGUUGUCACGAUGUUCUUUAUACAGGAAGGGCAGAGUUGAGGCCCAUCUGAAACCAGUUAUGGGAAGAUAUUUGACUUAAAUACUAACACUGAGCCAUGUAGACAGUUGUAGCCUUUUUCAGAUGCAACUUUGGUCUUAUCCUUUCUUACAGUCUUUUUCUUUCCUUGUCAGAGUUUGCCUACGGAGGGCAUCCCUACCCUUUCAGCGGGAUUUUCGAAAUCACACCAGGCAGUGCUGUGGAGCUUGGCGAGACCUUUAAAUUCAAGUAAGGGCCUUUCCUUCUCCUCUCAACAUCUGCUGUCCUGCAGCCCAUGAAUUGUCAAAAGGGCAAUGCAUUUUUAGGGGAGCACCUGACAACUGGUGGCAGCAUUCCCACAUCCCAGUAAACCACAGUUAAUGAAUGUGUGAAUGACUCCCACGUUGCUGUUUAAAUUAUGUCAUUAAAUACACAAGAUGAACAGCAACAAAAGUCUUCCCAGCAUAUCACCUCCUUGCAGGUUUAUGUACACACUGGCUUAGCCUACACAUCACAGUAUACCACAGUUUAUGAUUUGUUUCCCUCAAACAAACCAUGCUUGGUAAACCAAGAUCAAACCUUGGCUUCUCAAUAUAGUUUGUUUGGAAUGAAUGAAAACUCAGCUUCUGGUUUUCAGAUGUAAUACUAAGCCAGGAAUUGGAGUUUGUUGUUCCUACUCAUGCUGACACCAGUUGCUGCACUGUUUCCUCCCUGGACCACAUGUGAGGAGCCCAUGCUGCAGCUUUGCCCCAUGCCAACAUCCUUCAUCUAUGACUUUCAGAUGGCACUGGCUUGGGGUGCAACUAUAGCAUGGGAUUCUCCUCCAAAUGGUCUGCGACUUCUCACAUUACCAUCCAUGGGCCAGGACAUUUAUUGCCAAGUAGAAUGAACAGCAAUGAAUGUGCCAAGGACUUUGGCCCAAGAGACAAAAAAUAUUUGGGCAAUCUGCUGUAAUCACACAUUUUUGUGUGCAAUCACAAUUUAUAUACAUAAAUGUUACCCAAGCAAGUUGUGCCAUGCAGCAUGAUGAAUCCAUCUGCUAAAGGCAGCACCAGCAGGGAAUACAAGAGCCAGAGUGUUUUUGUAUAGUCCCCCAAACUUCCACUAUAGUGUCCUCUUAAACAGAUAUGUCACUGCAUCCAGUCCAAUGCUUCAUUCAUGUACAAAACCCUAUAUGGUAUAGACCUCGGUUCCAUUUAAAAAUUUAUCUCUCACCUCAAAUUUUAAAGCUAGAAUGUAAAUUUAGAAAAGUGCACGUUGAGGCAGACUUAUGAAAAUGAGCCAGGCUUUUGCAUUUCCAGAGGAGGGGGUCUUGACUACCCAAAUCAUCUCCUUAAUGCUCCCCCCAUUGGUUUUCUGGUGCAUAAGUUGCUGAUGCAGAGGCUCAAGAAUGGAGAGCUUACAAGAAAUAUUACAAACUCAGCCCUGUUGCAUGUACCAUUAAACAUUUUUAAAUUAUGUGAAGUUUAAACCCCAAACUAUAUCAGUAGAGCUCAAACCUACACUCUGUUUAGCAUAUUUUUCUCUCUCUUUCUCUUUUAAAAGAGAAUAUAAAAAUAGAUUAUGCUAGUGCUAUAUCCUGUGUGCAUGGCAAGAAUGGUUUCUAAUUAAUUGUGUGAGGUUAUUGUGUUGUUUUUAAGCUGAGCACUAUCUGAAUUACUUUCUAAGCUGUUUAAGUCUGUAGCAUUACUCUGUUCCAACAUUCCAUAAGGACUCCAUCCUUGGCUCUAUCUGCCAGGUAAAAUAUAUCUGUACUACAGUGUCUCUCUCCUGGGCUGCCUUAACAUCUUUCAUGAUUAUCUUGCUGAAUGUUCCCUGCUUUUGAUGCUUACCUUUGCUUAACCCAGAGAAUCCAUUGCCUUGGGCACUACAGACUUUACAGAAGAAGAUGUGGAUAAAAUCAUGGAGGAACUGGGCAAGGAGUACAAGGGCAAUGCCUACCAUCUCAUGCACAAGAAUUGCAAUCACUUUUCAGCUGCUCUGGCAGAGGUUGGUUCAUCUUCCAUUCUGUUUCUGUGUAGUGUACUUGUAUGGCACUUUGGCCUCCAGCCGUGAACAGGUCUCUGAUCAGAAAAUUGUUCUUCAAUCACCCUUCGCACUAGCCUGAUGGGCAUUUACCCUUUGAGAGCUUUUACAAGCAUAGCACUGAGUGGUAGUUGGUCUACAAUGGGUAAUUAGGCGGCUAUGAGGGUGGCCAUAAUGUAUCUAUGUACAAGUAGAAAGACACAAUCAAUGUAGCUCUCCUAUUCGGAUGUUCAAUGCAUAGGGAAUCUCCAGAUUUAGGGAGGAAAAGGUAUGGGACAGCAGUAGCUGGAGGAGAGCACUGCGUGGAUGAAGGGCAAUUAAAGGAGUCACAAGGGGCUCACAAUCCACAUUGUGCCAAAGUAUGGACAGGUCUUGAGUUGAGUUACUUCUGUACCGCUGCUUCCUAUUCUUUGCCUGUUUGCAUUGCAAAUACGAUAGCCAUACUUCUCAUUGGUUACCCUAUCAAUCAGCACAAUGGUGCCUUGAUCUCACUUGAUUUGCAAGAGUACAGUGAGCUGUACCCUUACAUUACAUUAUAGGGCCUUUGGAGUAGUAGUAGUAGUAGUAGUAGUAGUAGUAGUAAUAAUUCUUAUACCCCGCCCAUCUGACUGGGUUGCCCCUGUCACUCUGGGUGGCUUACAACAAAAUACAGCAUCAAACGUUAAAAACUUCUCGAAACAGGCCUGCCAUUAGGGAUGGGGGGGGGAGGCAAUUAGCCUUGAGGGGAGGGGACUCCCAUUAGUAUCAGGUCAUCCAUAGGCCAGAAAAGUUUGAAACAGCAGCACAGGCUCAGCUUUUUUCAUGGCUGCUCUGCCCCAGAAUGGAUAUGCCAUUUGGGGCCCCAGUCUUCACCAUGCAAAUCCUUCGGUAUUCCUCCUUUGCACUAGGAAUGAAAACCGAAACCCCUGGGCACAAGACCUUUGACCAGAAAGGCACUUGGUGAUCAGCUGAUGUUUCCCCUGCUCCCUUUUGUAGUUGCACAAAUUAAUGCUGAUUACUCAUCAGUUCCUCCUGAUUGCUGCUCCCAGCCGCUCCCCUUGGCAAUGCAUCCUUGAGAUGAAGUGUCCAUAAUUAGGAAAUUGAUUAGGAGCCACAAACUUGCUUUGUUUGAAAGGCAUCCUUCUUGAAAUCACAGAGUAGAGCUGCUCUCACUAAAAGAGCUGGUCCUGUACUUUCCACUUUCAAAAGGGGGGGGGGGGGGGAAUCCAACAUGGCCCUGCUCUCAACUGUGAUAUCUUUCAGAUUUGUAUGUGCAAUCCAUAUGAAGUGUCAUAGAAAAGGUCAUAAACUGCUGUUAUCACACAGCAACUCCCCAUUCCCUGAGCUAUUUAUGUGUCUCCUGACUGCUAUAAAACUGUUCUGCAUUUUUUUUAACAUAAUGAAAGAGGCAGAGAGGAAAAGGCCGAAUCAGUCAUUCCGACCUGUUCGGCAGCCUCUAAGGCCCCAGGUGAAAGAAUUGCAAAACUUUUGACAGCUGGGUAUAUUGCUUGUCACACUGUAGCUGUGAAUAAUGAAGUCUGAUGGUCCCUUCUGCUUAACCCUUCCCCUGCCAUCACUUUUCCACUGGCUUUCCCUUCUACUUUCCCUUCCACUUUUCCCUGUUCCCCCCGUCCCCGUCCCCCACACUUUUAGUCCUAUGAGGUUUUAAACUCAUACUUGCAAGGUAAACAAGGUUUGGGACACUGGUGGGUUGGCUGGCAUCCAUCUGUCUUAGGAGGCAAUGGAACAGUGUGCUUUCAGAGGUGAAGUCAAACUGUUGGAGAGUUACUGCAACUGGAGAGGGCUGCAGAAGGAAGGCAACUGAGAGGGGAAAGGGUUAAUCACCUGCUUCCCUGCCAGAUGCAUAGUCCCCUCCCCAAAGGCACUUUGCAAUGGAAAAGGGGUUGGUAGGGUUUCAUUCCAUGUGGGUACAGCUUAGCUGUGUAGUUUAAUAAGUCAAAUUACUCAGGUAUACCUGAGCUGCAUUUCCUCUGAAGUCUUUGAGAGGGGAAAUGGGCUGUGUAGGCGUGUGAUGUCUUCUUUUCUUCCCGGACUCUGUGGGAUGUCGAUUCAGAACGUUAAGCAUCUUGAGGCAUUUUCUAAAUUGCCAUAUCAUCUCUCUCAAACCAAGAAGAUGCAUUUUAAGUUGGAAGUAAUUAUAUUUCAGGCCAGGAUUCAAGUGCAAUUAUUAUUUUGAAGGUUCCUUUCCCCCACAUUGUCUUCUUGGAUUUGAUUGAUAGAGUGACUUGUGGAAAGUAUUUGCAUCUUAACAACUGGAGCCACUUCUCUUCCUACGGCACUGGCAUGUUUCUCAUUUUGGGAGUUGUAUCCUUUGUGAUAGCAGUGAAGACUGGUCCAUGAGUUUGUCCUCAGCCAGGCCCCACCUGCCUACCUUUUUACUUACUUCCAGGCCAGAGGGUGGCCAGAGCAGUCAGUUCCCUCUUCCUUAGUCUCACACUUGCCCUUGCAGAACCCAACAAUGAAGAGGAUGGAGACAAGCUCAGUCAAUGAGACUCUUAAUUUCAGGAUCGUUUGUUCAAGCCCCACAUUGGGCAAAUGUAUCCUGCAUUGCAGGGGGUUGGACUAGAUGGUGCUUUUGGUCCCUUCCAACUCUGUGAUUCUAUGAAAAACUAGAAUUAGCUGGCUCUGCUGUCAUUGGCUCUGGCUCCACCUACUGUUGGCCUCCUUGCCUUCUGCUCCGCCAGUCUCAAUGGGCACUAGCCAUACUACUCUGUGGUAGUUUUGCAUGAGCAGAAAGAACUUUCACUCAUGCAAGUUGUGGUACCCAAUUUCCACCUACCUUGUUGUGCAAUGUCUCUUUAAAAGACAAGCUGGAAGGUUUCACUUUUGCAGUUGAAUCCUGUAUGAGGGCCCUCUCAUACUCUCCAAGUAGCCCAAUAUUCCUGGUACAAUCCCGGAAUUAUGUGCUGGGUCCCAUUCGUGUAGUGGUGGUGGCAAUAGGAAAGGAAUCAGAAGCCCUGGGAAAUAGCAUUUCGCCAUGGAUAUGGUUCCUAACGUGGUGCUGUGGCCUAAUGACAGCUGACACAGAAGUCUUUCUCAUUGCUGCCAUCACUGCCAGCAAAGUUUCAGUGGCUAAGGGAAAGGGACAGCUGCAGCAAUGAGCGUGAUUGAUAGUAAUAAUAAUAAUUAUAAUAAUAUUUUAUUUUAUUUUAUAUUUUAUUUAUUUAUUUAUUUAUUUAUUUUAUUUAUUUUAAUUUAUUUUAUUUUAUUUUAUUUUAUUUUAUUUUAUUUUAUUUUAUUUUAUUUUAUUUUAUUUUAUUUUAUUUUAUCUUAUUUUAUUUUAUUUUAUCUUAUUUUAUUUUAUUUAUACCCCACCCAUCUGGCUGAGUUUCCCCAGCCACUCUGGGCGGCUUUCAAUCAAGUGUUAAAAACAAUACAGCAUUAAAUAUUAAAAACUUCCCUAAACAGGGCUGCCUUCAGAUGUCCUUUAAAGCUGCUUAUUUCCUUCGCAUCUGAAGGGAGGGCGUUCCACAGGACGGGCAUCACCUACCGAGAAGGCCCUCUGUCUGGUUCCCUGUAGCUUCACUUCUCGCAAUGAGGGAACCACCAGAAGGCCCUUGGAGCUGGAUCUCAGUGUCUGGGCUGAAUGAUGGGGGUGGAGACGCUCCUUCAGGUAUACAGGACUGAGGCCGUUUAGGGCUUUAAAGGUCAGCACCAACACUUUGAAUUGUGCUCAGAAAUGUACUGGGAGCCAAUGCAGAUCUCUCAGAACCGGUGUUCUGUGGUCCCGGCAGCCACUCCCAGUCACCAGUCUAGCUGCCGCAUUCUGGAUUCAUUGCAGUUUCCGGGUAGCCUGAAUGUUGGAAGGGUUUGGGAUUAUGUGGAAGUUCCAAACUGGGAAAGUUCGUAUUCUGCACUCUCCAGUUCUGAACUUUGGCUGCAUUACUAUAUCUAGAAGACUUACAGGCCUUGUUUUUAAUACAGUUUGGUAAGCACAAGGCCAAUAGGUGCCAGAUCAGCUUUCCCAAAUCACUUGUUCAAGGUCAAUACCAAGCUGUAAUACAUAACAUCUUAUAUCUAGCACAGUGUAAUCAUAAUACUCCUUUAGCCAUUAAUUGUGGCUGUUCUGACAGUGGCCAUGGAGCAGCACCUACUGGGAUAGGGGGAGAAAAUCCAUUUUGUGCCAAUGCAGUAAACUUGCAGCUUACUGUAAGAUGACUUACAGUUGUUCAUCCAUUCAGAGUGAAAGCCAUUAUUCUCAAGUGUCACCAGUAAUCUUAGUCUUAAUUAUAAGCAAGCCUUCCCCAGAGAGCCACUUGUUACCUUCCCUGUCAUCCUGCAGCUGCUCCCUGUACUUAAAAAUCUUCAUCUCAAGGACUUUCAUGCAUAAAAAAGCAGAACUGCAUUUCAACCAAAGAACGAAGCUCUUUGGAUCGCAGAAGUGUGGGGACUCAUGCAUAUUGCAAGGGUGUCAGGUUUGCUUCUCUGAGCCCUUAUUGGCUAGACUGCCCUUCCCCAGCCUGGUGUCUUCAAGGUGUUUUGAACUCCAGCUCCCAUCAAUCCCAGCCAACAUGGCCAAUGCUCAGGGGUGAUGGGAGCUGUAGUCUAAAACAUCUGGAGGACACCAGGCUGAGGAAGGCUGGGUUAAGCUGCAGUUAUUCACAUUGAUGAGCUUCCCUGAUCUAUUCAGAGGGGCAGGUUUAAAUUUUUGGAGCCCAGAGCCUGAAGAACUUUGACUCACCACAGCAGCCUACUUGAAUUUAUACCCAUUCUAUUUUAAAAAACUAAUAAUCAGAGAAACUUACAGUGAAAAAACAAGGUAAGAGGGGGAAAAAUACACAUAAAAACAGCAAUCAUUAAAGCAAUAAUAUUAAAACUUCAGCAAAAACAUCAUCAAACAUCCAAAGAAAACAGCGAUCACCGAUCACCGAUUAAAAGCUGGCUUCCCUUCAAAGUGCGGAAAGACAGGGAGGAAGUCUAGUGAAUUGCCACUGAGUGGGGCCACUGCUGAGAAGGCUCUGCCUCUUGUAUCCACCCGCCUAUGUGGAUGGGACAGGCAGUCUGGUUUUGUAGGGGAUCAGGCAGUUUCUGAGGUAACCUGGUUCUAAGCCGUUUAGAGCUUCUUCUUACAAUCUAGAAUAGGCCUUCACAACAUUUGCCCUACAAAGCCCCCCAUAGCUUACUAGGGGGCAUGUUUGAGACAUGUUGUUGCACAUGCUUUUCCUGCUAAAGGUCCCAAGUUAAAUCUGUGGCAUCUCCAGGGAGGGCCAAGUUAGGCCUCUGUCUGAAACCUUGGAGAGCCACUACUUGUCAUUGAAGAAAAUACUGAGCUCAGUGGAGAAAUGGUCUGAUUUGGUGUGUGACACCUCACAAUAAGAACAUAAGAGCCUGCUGGAUCAGGCCAAUAGCCCAUGUAGUCCACUAUCCUGGUUUCACAGCAGCCAGCCAACCAGAUGCCAUGGUUUCCAACAACUAGUAUUCAGAAGCAUUUCUGCUUCUGACCUAUGUUCUGUGUCACACAGACCACAAGGCAUGACUGGUCAGAUGCUUUAGCUUUGGUUAAGAAGUUGUUCAGGCCUGUUCUAUAGAAACUGAAGCCCCAGCCAGGAGGUGAUCUGGCAGGCCUACGUUAGUUCCACAAAAUCACAGUCCUAGAACAGGCAGAGAUGUUACCUUCUUUAGAUCAACUUCCAAGCAGAAAGCCAGAUGACUGCAGAGGUCUCUAGGCCAGCUACUGUUGGCUUGGUUUCAGAAGCUUUCUAGUUCUCCCUUUUCUCGCCGUGGGAUCUUGUUUCACAGCAGGCAUUGCAGGGCUUGCCUCUCCACUCCUGCUCAUUUGCCAUGCUCUCUCAGCGCUGCAAGAUGAAGGCCGUUCUGUCCCUAGAGCUUGCGUGUAGAAUGGAUUUUAUGGCCUGUUGCCACUUGCGUAGUUUGUUUUGUUACUUCUUGUAGGUCUUCUGUUUCCCUCUUCAGGGAAGUGUAUGGUCUUCCCUUCCUUGACCCCACUGCCUGCAGUAGAUGUUGAACAAAUCCAGUUUAGGACUGUAUUCUGGUGGUAUGUGGGCAUGUUCGUAUUUAAACGAAGUGAUGAGUAUGUUUUAUUUCCCGGAAAUCUUCCAUAUAGGGCAUGAGUAGGGAAACUAAGGCCUGGGGGCCAGAUCUGGCCCAAUCGCCUUCUCAAUACAGCCCGCGGACGGUCCAGGAAUCAGCGUGUUUUUACAUGAGUAGAAUGUGUCCUUUUAUUUAAAAUCCAGCUCUGGGUUAUUUGUGAGGCAUAGGAAUUCGUUCAUUCUUUUUUUUCAAAAUAUAGUCUGGCCCCCAACAAAGUCUGAGGUACACUGGACCAGCCCCCUGCUGAAAAAGUUUGCUGAGCCCUGAUAUAGGGGGAUUACACAGUUUAGGUUGCAAGUGGUGGUUUUGCCAGGACAAAACUGUAAGGUCCAGAGCCCUGCUCAGCAAACUGAGCAGGAAGGCCGCCUAACACAACAGGGCAAGCAGUGUCUGUUUAAAAUAAGAGAAGUAGUACACACCCUCUAAAGCAGGAGUACUGAAUCUUUCCUGGCCUGAAGGCCACUUUCACCUUUGACCAACCUUCUGGAGUCCACAUGCCAGUUGCAAAGGUGGACAUAGAAGUCUUCCACAAGCACCCUCACAUGCACACACAGACAGACAGACAGACAUUCAGGCACACAGCCACCCAUUCCUUAACUGAUCCAUGCAGCUACGCUGAGGAGGGGGUUAUGGUUAUUACCUUCGCUCUGCUCAUGACAUGAUCGAUCUAAUGACCAGGAAGGGUAAGCUGUAUGCUCAUCAGGUUGCUGCAUCCCACUCACUCCAGCACAGUGUCUGCUUUCAUUAAAAUCUUUUGCAGUUGCUGUCGCCAAAGUCAGCAGGGUCUUGCGGUGGGGGGGUGGGGGAGGUGUCCAGAAAAUUUUUUUAUGAGUGGGGGAGACUCACAAAUCAAAGGUUAGAUCUCCUGAUCUAAAGAGUGGCCCCCAUGAAACCAUUAAGUCCAAAGUCUCAAAUUACCUGACUGCAACCCCAAUCACAAGUUGCCCAAAUAGUUGAAAUGCCAACUUGCCAAGUGUUUUCCUCUUUGCUUUCGGGGUUUAUGUGACACUUCCACAUGGUCUGUGUGCUUCACUUCCAAAAUAGAACGUUGCAGUGAUAUGUGGCAUCAUUUCUCUCCCACCUCCCCACCCUAGCUGUCAACGUUUCCCUUUUUUUAAGGGAAAUUCCCUUAUUCUGAACAGGAUUCCUUGCAAGAAAAGGGAAAAGUUGACCGCUAUGCUCCCCACCCCUGGACACAUGAACAGGCAUGGGGAAGUGACCGUGUGAAGAGCAAUCACCUUUCAUCAGGCACCUAUGAUAUAACGGUUACCUGUUGUUGUCGCUCUUCUGUCCAUUUCCCCCAGAUCCUGUGUGGGAAGGAAAUCCCCCGUUGGGUGA